CUUGACAUACAACAAGGACAAAGACUAGAAAACAGUGGAGAACAAGAGUAGGACUUUUGCGACGAAGAGAAAGAGUUCGGCAUCGAGAAGAACAAAAAAAACCCAUCAAAGGCGAAGAAUUAAGACGAGGCUGAGAAGUGAGAAGAAACUUGACAAUGUCUUCGUUUGAGGCCCAGAGUCAGUCUCCUCCUCGGUGUGGCCCCCAGUUCCCGAGCCUCGGCCAGGAGCCUCCAGAGCUCAGCAUGUACGGUGACUGUUUCUACCCUCCACCUUCACUGCCAAGUCCUCAGCGCACUACUCCUACCACCUACGAGCUAACCGACUACACCAGCUCGUCCUCAAACCCUUACCUCUGGUUUAACAGCUCUGGGAUCAACACAUCACCGUACCUGGCUACCACCGGCCCGCCGGGUAAUCCUGGCCCUCCCUUUGUUCCUCAGCAUUAUGGCAUGCAGAGGCCUUACCUGGGUCCACCUGGAGCUGGGGGUCCAGGAGGGGAACUGAGCUGGUUUUCUCUCCCGUCACAAGAAGACUUGAUGAAGCUGGUUCGCCCCCCUUACUCCUACUCUGCUCUCAUUGCCAUGGCUAUCCAUGGAGCACCCGACAAGAGACUGACGCUGAGUCAAAUUUAUCAGUAUGUCGCUGAUAAUUUCCCUUUCUACAACAAGAGCAAAGCAGGCUGGCAGAAUUCUAUCAGACACAAUCUGUCACUUAAUGACUGCUUCAAAAAGAUACCAAGAGAUGAGGACGAUCCAGGUAAGGGCAACUACUGGACACUUGACCCAAACUGUGAAAAGAUGUUUGACAACGGAAACUUCCGCCGCAAAAGAAAGAGAAAGUCUGAUUCCCUCUCCAGUGGCGACGGCACUUCAGGGCCUCCAGAAUCAGGUGACAGCGAGAGGGGCAGCCCGAAACACUCCGGCAACCCCGGCCUAAACAUGUCGCCCGCACCGGACAGGAUUCCCUCACCUUCACUGUCAGGUCCCACGCCAUGCCUGAGCAGUUUCUUAUCUGAGAUGUCUGGAGUCUCAGCGGGGGGAUCGAAUGAGGUGGGAGGUAGCGGGUUAAGCAGGUCAGUGCAGAUGAACAUUCCUUUGGAUGGGCCACAUAGACCCACACAGCCGGGAAGCUUUAGUACCUACUCUGCCAACUCAGGUGGUUCAGAGUGGGUACCGCAAGCGCCAGCUCCACCUGCUCUCUCCUCUUCACCCAGCCACUCUUCACUAGGUUACAAUAGCCCCAUUCUCAGUCAGUACAAUGGCUCCGGCGGUCAAUUUUAUCCUACGCUCAGCUCGACGGGAGUCAUCUAUCAUCGUGAGGGCUCAGAGGUUUAAUAAGACAUCGAUGGGGGAGAAGUUGUUUGAAGAGACCCUUGGUGGGAAAUUUGUCUGGUUAUUUUUGUUUAAGAGAGGGUCCGUUGUAGAAAAUACACAAACACAACGUAUAUUUGCGCUGACUGCGACAGUUGAGGUCAACAAAGCGUGUGACAACUGAGUAAAAAAAUUUAAAUUCUCACAGAAACAGCUUAGUCAGCUGCAGCAGACUACAGUUGUCUCUCCCCGAAACCACAGCCAGAGUCACUAUCAGAUCUUCAGUCAGCUUUUAUUCUAACUGAAGCUCAUUUCUAUCAGAUCUGUCUCAUUAUUAACAGAUCCUAGAUCCGACAUCAUGUGCUGACAUCAGUCUGUUCCACUAUGGGAACUAUGAUUCUCUGAUGGUAUCACUAUUACAAUGCUCAGCAUAUUUACAGUAGGUAAUCCACACUGGUGUCUACAAAGCAUGUGCGCUCAUUGCUGUAAUGGAUAAAAAAGUAAAAAUAGGAAUUUAUGCCAUGUUUUUUUGUUUUUUUUGUAGCACCAAAAUUAAAACAUUUCAUUAACUUACUUAUUUAGUUUGUAAAUA